AAUAAUUCCCCACAGCUAGCUGGCGAUGAGAAAAAUGGUGAGGGUUCCCGCACUUUUGUCUUCAUGAACGAGGGACAUACACUGGGAAAUGCCUUGAAGACCAUCAUUUCCCGCUACCCAGAGGUUGAUUUUUGUGGCUACACCAUCCCGCAUCCUACAGAACAGAAGCUCCACUUUCGUAUACAAUCCCACAGAGACAGGGCUGUCGACAUUCUGAAGCGCGGACUGGAAGAUUUGGAGGCACUGUGCGACCACACAAUAGUCACGUUUGAGAAGGAGAUGAAUAACUUUAAUGCCAUGAAGGUGGAAAAUACAUAAUACUUAAACAA